AUGGCCUCUGUCGGCCCUCAACUGCCACCAGAACUUCAAAACCGCAAGCGAAGCCACGAGGAUGACGAUAGUGAAUCCUCGGAUUCAUCGACGGGACCUCUGCCCCCGAAGAACCAAGAGAAGGACCAGUCACCGCCUUCAGCAAAGCGAAAGCGCAUUUACGGACCAACGCUCCCGCCGGCACCGCUAGACGAAGAACAACACUCUUCCUCAAGCCCUCCUCGACAACCACAGAAAGAUCGAGAAGAGGACAAACCAGGAGACAACAGUAGUAGCGACGACGACGAUGACGACGACUUUGGACCGAGUCUACCAUCCGCCAACGACCAUUCCUCAGCAUCAAUAGGUCCAACGACCUCUUCUUCUACACCAAGUGCCAGUAUAUCCGAGUCGGGGGCGACAAGGCCAGUCCAGCGAGACGAGUGGAUGACUCUCGCGCCCACCGGCGGCGACUGGUCUGCACGGAUCGAUCCUACGAAACUAAAGAACCGGAAAUUCAAUACGGGACGGGGCGCAAAGGGGCCGCCGCAGACUGCCGGCGGUGGAGCUGGUACGUCGUCGUCGUGGUAUGAAACGCCGGAGGAAAAGCAAGCACGGUUGAGAAGGGAGGUUAUGGGGAUCAGCAAUGAUGCUGCUACUGCUGGUGCGGGAGGGAAGUCAAAAGCAGCAGCGGCAGCAGCUGGGACUCAUGGAGAUGAUGCUGAGACUGCCAGGAGGUUGAAGGAGUAUAAUGAGAAACGAGGCCCUUCUCUCUACGCCUCACACAAUGCCUCUUCGAAAGUCGUGGAGGAAGAUGACCCGAGUGCCAGAGCGUUUGAUCGUGAAAAGGAUAUUGCUGGUGGGGCGACUAUCAAUGCUACGAAACGGAGAGAGAUGCUCAAGAAGGCUUCGGACUUUUCUUCACGGUUUAGUAGUGCGAAGUACCUCUGA